GUUCAGUCGGGUCGAGCCGAACUGAGUCGAGUCCCCCGAGUCACGUUGAGUUUUGAGUCGAGUCGCGAUCUCCAAGCCGGUUGUGUGUCAGAGUGCGUCACGCUCGGCUCUUCUGUCGGGGAUCGUGACGUUCAGUGCCGCCGCGACGCUAGUGCCGGUAUAGCUCCGUCCGUGCUCUUUCUGUCUAUUUGUUUGCGUCCGAAUAGGACCGAUGAAAUAUUUUGAAUUGCUCGGUGGCUUGCUGGCAAUCGUACUUUCAAUAUCGUCGUUAUACCUCGGCUAUAUCGACUGUGUGUUUUAAAAAGGUACGAGAUGCGGUUUUACGCUUCGUGUUGAAGCUCGCGGGUGGAAUUAGCUGCAAGGCGGGGCCUUCGAUGUAUUCCGAUUCAUCGCGAAAACAAUGGCAAGAAAAGUGAGAGUGGGUGACCGUGCGUUUCGCUCUUGCCUCGCUGACGUGAAUCGUCAGGGUUCAUGAAUUGCACGUGAAUGAUUUUCGUUAUUCAUUCUCUAUAUAUUUAUAGAUAUAUUUACAGUGAGUGACAGUGCGGUUGUGUAUAUUUCGAAUAAUAUCUUCUUUUUUUCCCCUUCUUUUUCGUAAACAGUACUCGCUUGGGUACUCGAGGAGGGGGUUAUUAUAUAUUUUGAAGAAUUUCAUAUUGAUCUUUAUAUGUGUGAUCGAAAUGUCCAGGUGUUUAUGUGUUGGAAAUACGAAGUCGAGAAAUCAUUGACCUCGGGCAAGGAAGCCUCUUCGGGCGUCUUCGUCUGGUUCGAUUCCGUCACGUUGUUUCAUCGCGCACGGAAAUUUCAAUAACAAAAACAAUCACAUGCAAUUUUUGCGAAAACCAUUAAAAACAUUGCAUAAACAGUAAAAAAAAAAAAGGAUUUGCACGUAAACAAAAUAACAAAAAUUUCUCUUCUAAAAACUCUUCAAAUUGCAAUUGUGCAGAAAUCCACACUGGAACCUCGUAACCGUGCAAAAAAGAAGUAUCGAAGAAUGCUAAAUUAAAGAAUAAAAAAAAAUCAGUGUCACGUAAAUAAUUUUAGUGAAAAAAAAAAAAUUGCAAACAAAAUGUCGACUGAAAGUCAAAACGGCACCGCGACGCAACCGAACGGCAUUAAGUCCUCCAUGACGAGUCUGACAUCGACGUCGACCCUGACGUCGACGGGACGCACCGUGACGAACAACUCGUCCUUCUUGUAUAGCAGCAAUUCCAUGCUGAGUCGUGAAAAGGCGCGACAGCCGCCGCCGCCCACGUUGCCAAAAUACACGUCGAGCUUUAAUGCCGGUUCCAAUGGCAGCGCCGAGAGACUCGGCAGAGAUCGUGAAGCCGGCGGAAGUUACCGAUUGGCCAGUUUGGACAGACUUGCGCUCAGGCAGAGGAUACUCGAUGGCGAAAAGCCCAACGGCGACGCCACCUCGAUACAGACGAAGCGCGAGCUCUUCUUCAAGGGUGACACCGGUGGAAUAAAUUCGACGUCAUCGUCGUCCCCGUCGGUACCGCUGGUACCGCCACCACAGCCCCCGACGUCGGCGUCGGUAACCACAGCCGGUGGACCACCGGCACCACCGACAGCACCCACGAAACCUAGACUCCCGCCGACCAGCGUGACCUUGAACCAGACCGAUGCCUCCGAGGACAGUAACAAGCGCGAGUCCGCCAGGUCGGAAAGCGCCAAGGAGUCCAGCCUGGCGCAUCCUAGACCGACGCCGCCGACGAAGCCAAAGGAACUCGACGGAUACGUCGGCUUCGCGAAUCUGCCCAACCAGGUGUACAGGAAGGCCGUGAAGAAGGGAUUUGACUUCACCCUGAUGGUCGUCGGCGAAUCCGGGCUUGGCAAGUCAACCCUGAUCAAUUCCAUGUUCCUUUCGGACAUCUACAGCGCGGAAUAUCCUGGACCAAGUCUCAGGGUCAAGAAAACGGUCGCAGUUGAAACAAGCAAGGUUCUCCUCAAGGAAAAUGGUGUAAAUCUUACCCUGACUGUUGUGGACACACCAGGAUUUGGCGAUGCCGUCGACAAUAGCAAUUGCUGGGUUCCCGUAAUCGAAUACAUUGAAUCCAAGUACGAGGAAUUUUUGAAUGCGGAGUCCCGGGUUGUCAGGCGACAAAUACCCGACAGUCGCGUUCACUGUUGUCUUUACUUUGUCGCACCUUCUGGACACGGCCUUAAGCCUCUCGACGUUGAAUUCAUGCAGCGACUCCACGACAAGGUCAACAUCAUCCCUGUUAUCGCCAAGGCUGAUACCAUGACACUUGACGAGUGCGCUCAUUUUAAAAAACAAAUUCUAAACGAGAUUGCCCAGCACAAAAUCAAAAUCUACGAGUUCCCAGAGGUCGAGGAAGAGGAGGAGAGCAAACUCCACAAGGUCCUGAGGGACAGGGUACCGUUUGCUGUUGUUGGUGCAAAUACUGUUGUGGAACAGGAUGGAAAGAAAGUUCGAGGCCGGAAGUAUCCCUGGGGAGUUGCGGAAGUGGAGAACCUGGAACACUGCGACUUCAUAGCCUUGAGGAACAUGGUGAUCAGGACGCAUCUUCAGGAUCUCAAGGACGUCACGAAUAACGUUCACUAUGAGAACUUCCGAUGCCGCACACUGGCGGGUCUCGGUGUCGAUGGAAAACCCACGAGAAUUUCCAACAAGAACCCAUUGGCACAACUUGAGGAGGAGAAGCGGGAGCACGACACGAAGAUGAAGAAGAUGGAGACUGAAAUGGAGCAGGUAUUCGAGAUGAAGGUGCGCGAGAAAAAGCAGAAGCUCAAGGAUUCCGAGGCUGACCUACAAAGAAGGCACGAGCAGAUGCGACGCUCUCUGGAGCAGCAAGUACGCGAACUAGAAGACAAGAGACGUGCAUUCGAGGCUGAAAAAUCCACCUGGGAACAACAAACCGGUCACAGCCUCGAGGAAUUGCGCAGACGCAGUCUGGAAGCCAAUUCGAAAGACCAUUUUUUCCGAUUUCUGAAAAGGGCCGUCGAUGGCAAGGACAAAAAGAACAAGAAGAAGGGCCUCUUCUAAUUCGUUGGUCGUGACAAAUAUGAAAUAAAGAUAAAGAUGAUUACGAGAUUCUGGGAGAAAAACGGGGCGGGGGGGGUAAGGAACGAAGGAGGUAAUGGAUAAUAGACAUUUUGCUGUCCUUAAUGGAAUUUGUGAAAUAUGCCGAUAAAUCUUAAAAAUUAAUCAAACGAACGAGAAAUUCCCAAGAUUCAUGUUUCUUCGUGAAAAUGCCAGAGCGUUCGAACAACAAAGAUGGCCAACAACAAUUUCUUUGUUCCGUUCGAUCGGAUAUUAGCAUAUUAAUGUCAUUUGUCAAUAUUCACAUGAAACAAUUGACAAUUUGCAUCACAUUAGUAAUUUGCAAAUUGUGAUUCGUGUAUUAUAGUUUUAUUGACUUUGUAAAACGCAUAAUUACCGUAUCGUGAAAACAGAUAUUAAAAAAAUCUUCGCUAUUUCUUUAUCAUUUCUUGAUUAUGCACUCGCUUCGUUCGAAUUUCCAUCCGUAAGAAAAUCGCGAAGUCUGACGUGAGAAUGUCGAAAGACAAAGAGAGAAUUACGUUUUGCAUCUUGUAACCUAAAUCUAAACCUUAAAUUUCAAGUAUCAAGGUAGACAUGAUUACGACGAAGCAUUAGCCAUAUAUUUAUAUAUCUAAAUAUGUAUGCGCAUGUAUAACUAUAUCUAUUAUGUCUAUUAUGCACAUACGUAUAUAUAUAUAUAUAUAUAUAUAUUUGCAUAUACAUAAAUUUAUAUAUAAACGUGACGAGAGUAUAAAGUAUAAACAUAAGCUUGAUCGUGUAAGCAUAAGUUAUCGAUAUUAAAACGCGCCAAGAAGUCUAGUAGGUAAUCGUGGCAAAGAAUUAAAAAAAAAAAGAAAAAAGUAAUACGAAGAGCGCAAAGUUUGAAAUUCAAACGGUAUUUGUCAUAGCUGCGCGCGCAAGUUGCGCAGGAAUCGUUUGACAAAUUGGCGCGCGCUAUUCAAACGCGACGGAAGAGAAAUACAAAGCCACUGUAGGUCUGCUCAUAAAAAUUUUCUUCUAAAAAUAAUAUUAUAUUCAUCACCGGAUGUGGAUCUAAUCUAAUUAAGCUACUUUUGUGCCAAGACGAGAUGAGUGCGAACGAUUUUGUAACGCCAUGCGCGCACGGCCCCCGUUGUAUUCUUUAUGAAACGACAAUGGCGUAGCUGAGUUAAUUGAACGUCUGCAAGAGAAGUACAUAUGUAUUUGUAACUUAACGAAGCACGAUUUCGUUUCAUAAGAGGGCCGUUUGCCACAUUCCUAUUUUCUACGCAAUUUUUCUAGUUGGUCGCCGUCGCGACGCUUCGCACCGGCGCGGAUAUCUAUUGUAUACACUAAGAAUUAAAUUUAAUUAAUGAUCAGCGUGUUAUAUCAUUGACGAUCAGAAUUGUCGACUCUAUCGUGACUUGAAAUUCGUCGAGGUUCCGCGCAAUCCCACCAGAGUGCGCGCGACGCUAAUGUUCUCGAAGGAAAGUGACAGCGCUGUUGUAUCAAUCAGAUUUUAUCAUCUACCCGGAUGACAUAAUAUAACUCGACGACCGAGUAUUUGAUAUUAGUGGAAAACUCAUUUUGAGUUAUUUCGUUUGUUUCGUUGAAAUUUGGCAGAGUAGCACCUUUCGCCUUUCCGCGCUAGUUCUGCCAUCUCGUGGCGACAACAAGAACUAAUCCACUUGACAUAGCGGACUAAAUGGAAAGGAUUCGUUCAAGGAAACAGUAGUAACAUUAAUUCACGAUAUUAAAUUAACAUCUGCAUUUGUUAAUCGAGAAUAUCGCGGUAAUUCUUAUUUAAUCGUAACGUUUGUGAAAUUCAAAGAUUUUGGCAAACGUUCUUCAGACAAUUAUUACAAAUCGUGUAUACUUUAUAUAACAACUUUCUUCACAGGACAAUUAUUUUUUUUCAAUCACUGUCCAGAAUUUAUAUAUUUUCCGCGUUUUGUCGAUAAAACGAUGUAAAUUCAAUUAUUAUACGUGAAUACAAAAAAAAGGGGUCGCAAUAAAUUAUUUCUUGCAAGUAUUAAAUGCGCAACUAAUUUAAGCGUCAUUGUAAACUUCAUCAAUGUCGCGACGAUCAUCAUAAUUAAUUUGAUCUUAAGUCAACUAGUAGCCUUACUACCAGCCACCAUUAAUGAAUUAAUAAAACCGUCACGAAAUCCUCUCGUACCACUGUACUUAAUAAAUUUCGCUCAUCCGACUUCGUAUCUGAUAUUCCAUAUGAUUCACAUAUUAGGCGUUAUCCACAUAACAAUGCAUUUUUCUUUUGAAUCGCGAUUCGAGAAUAAACGUAUAAAGCAUUAUGUGUAUUAAGCCGUGAGAGCAAUGCAUGAGUGUGCCGCGUAAUUUGAAAAAAUGUUUCCUCCAAUUUUUUUUUUCACUAUAAAACCUAAACUUACCCACUGUUCUUGAACGUUAGAGGGGGAAAAAAAAGUAUUGUCCAACUAUUUAAUUACGCAUAUAACAUAUGUACAAGUUCAUAAUACGUUUAUUUGUACUUUACAGUGAAAAAAAAAAGAAUUGUUUAUACGUUUCCGUGUUAGUUAACAUAAGUAUAUAUUAUAUACAUACAUAUAUAUAUAUAUAUAUAUAUAUAUAUAUCCAUCCGCAAAAAAACAAACAAAAAUUUGAAGUAUCGAGUACUGUGUGUAUUUUUAUCGACAAUGCUUAUUCUUAAUGUUUAUACGGUGAAGUAAAAAAAAAAAGAAAAAAAAAUGAAACAAAAUUGUAAUGCGUUAAUCGACAUAAUUUUGUUUUAUCUGACGUAAGUAAAAUAUGCGCCGUACGAGUCUGACUAUAUUACGCGUGUGUGUGUAUGAGAGCGUGUCUGUGUGUGAAAACGAAAAAGAGAGAGAGAGAGAGAGAGUGAAGGAAUAAUAAUAAUAAUUAUGACAGAAAGCAUGAAAGACUAGAGUAAAAAAAAAAGAGGAAAUAAAAUAGAAAUUAUAUUUUGCCGUGCCAGACGAAAACAAAGCUGCCGCCGCUACUUAUAGAGAAAUUGUAAUAAUUCAACCACGAUUAUAUUAUAUAAUAAUUAUUAUGAUUAUGUACCGAGUAAAUUAUCUAUAAAAAGACAA